AUGCCUUUCGUCGAUGCAGACCCAGAAAAACAGGGUAGCAACGGCAACGUUUCCAGCACGGGCUACAGCGAGAAUGUCGUCCCUAAAGAGACGUCACCCCGUCCAGUUCAUGGAUGGAAGGUCGCCGACAUUCAACCCGUGAUUCUCGACUUAUUCGGCGAAGUGUCACUUCUUCCAUGGAUCGGAGUCGGGUUUGCUCUCGGCACUAUGUGCGUACUACCAUGGGGCAAGGUCUACGGAGUAUUCAACGUCAAAUACGUCUAUCUGUUCAAUAUCGCACUGUUUGAAAUUGGAAGCGCAGUGUGUGGCGCGGCCCCGAAUAUGACUGCUCUCGUGGUCGGCCGUGUCAUCGCCGGGGUGGGCGGGUCGGGGAUGUACUCGGGGACGCUAAGUUUUGUGGCCAUGUUGACCUCACUGAAGGAGCGACCAAUCUAUAUGGCUGGAAGCACCGUUAUCUGGGGAGUCGGAAGUGUUCUUGGCCCGGUGGUCGGUGGUGCGUUUGCAGAUAGCUCUGCGACAUGGCGAUGGGCAUUUUACAUCAAUCUCCCUAUUGGAGCCGUCUUCGCCCCAUCCUACCUCUUCCUCGUCCCCAGCGUCGACCCGCAGCCGUCCAAAAGCUGGACAGAAAAGUGUCAUAUGGUAGACUGGAUCAUGACGACCAUGUUCCUUGCAGGAUCUGCCAGUCUGGUCAUGGCUAUCACGUUUGGUGGCACGCUGUAUGCCUGGAGCUCCUCGAACGAGAUUGUCCUCUGGGUUGUAGCGGGAGUCCUUCUAAUCAUCUGUAUUGUCCUGGCGAAAUUCCAUCCAGGUGUGGAUAAAGAUAACCGGCUCUAUCCAGCGCAUUUCUUUAAACGACCUAUCUUGAUCAACCUUCAGCUGCAGAUGUUCUUGGUGUCUGGUAUUGUGCUAGCAAUGACCUACUAUAUUCCAUUAUUCUUCCAGUUUAUACGAGGAGACGGCCCCUUGGACGCAGGCGUCCGCCUUCUCCCCUUCAUCAUCUCCAUGGUCGUCUUCGCCAUGGGCAACGGAGCACUAAUGCCCAAACUACCCUACAUCCUACCCUGGCAUCUCUUCGGCAGUGCACUUGUCGUUGCCGGAACAGGACUACUGUACACCGCAGACCUCAACACCUCCAACGCCAAAAUCUACGGAUACAGUAUCCUUGUCGGAGCCGGAUCAGGAUGCUACGCCGUCGCCGGGUUCGCCGUCGUCCAAUCCCUCGUUCCACUAAAGGAGAUACCGAAUGCCGUGAGUGCAAUGGCAAUUUCUCAGGACCUAGGCAUGGUUAUCUUCCUCGCUAUGGCUGGGUCUAUUUAUCAGAAUCUUGCGUUGCAGAAAGUGGCCCAGACUAUGCCAGCGCUGAGUGCGGCUGAUAUCACGAAUCUCGUUGCUGGGACGAGUAGUCGCACGUAUAAGGUGUUGUCGGAGGAGGAAAGAGCUCUGGUCACGCCGCAGAUUACGGAUGCCAUGAGUAAUGUGUGGUUGUUCUUUUUGGUGGCUGGGAUAUUGAGCUUUGUUCUUACGCCUCCUUUGGGGAAAACUAGGUUAAAAGGAGCGAAUUCCACUGAGGGAGUGGCUUGA